AUGUCGGAAGAGGAAGGCAAACUCAAGCUACUGCAACCUGAGGCCGACAAAUCUGAUAGUGUACCCGAGGUCUACCGCUCGCUUAAUUUCCGCAGUCUCCAAGACCCGUACUCGCAUCACCAUGACACCAUGGCCAGUCAUUAUAGUACUCUUCGUGCGGACGACCUUGAGACCAUGCUUAAUGGUGGACUUGAGCGCUUUUACAAAAAGUACGAUCAUCUCUCGCGCAAGAUCAACCUCCAACUGCCAACCGCCGAAGUGCGUUUUGAAAACUUGUCUUUCACUGUGCAAGUACCUGCGUCGGUAGAAGACCAUGGUACUGUUGGGUCGUAUCUACGCAAGAUUUUUACCCCGUGGAGGACUCCAGCCAUGGUUACCAAACACGCGUUGCACCCGAUGAGUGGCAUUAUCAAACCUGGCACGUUGACACUGAUUCUAGCCAAUCCAGGUGCUGGCAAGUCGACAUUUCUUAAAGCUUUAGCUGGAAAGCUGCAAAACUCAUCGAGAACUGCAUUAGGCGGGGACAUUUUGUACUCUGGACUGCGUGGUGAUGAGAUUGAUUUGAUUAAACUGGUGGGAAUGGUUGAUCAAAUGGACAAUCACAUUCCAACAUUAACCGUUCGAGAGACAUUCAAAUUUGCCGACAUGUGUGUCAACGGACGUCCAGAAGAUCAACCAGAGGCAAUGCGUGAGAUCGCAGCGUUGCGAACCGAAUUAUUUCUACAGAUUUUGGGUAUGGAAGAAUGUGCUGACACUGUUGUGGGGGAUGCAUUGCUACGAGGUGUCAGUGGCGGCGAACGCAAGCGUGUCACGAUUGGGGAAGUUCUGGUCGGCGGUCAAAGUUUGUUUUUGUGCGAUGAGAUCUCGACUGGUCUCGAUAGUGCGGCCACAUUUGACAUCAUCAAGUCACUACGAACGUGGUGCAAGACACUUGGUGGCUCUGCCAUCAUUGCACUCCUGCAGCCAACACCAGAAGUCGUGGAAAUGUUUGACGACAUAUUUAUGGUAAAUGAUGGUCACCUAGUGUACCACGGCCCACGGACCAGCAUACUAGACUACUUCGAAACCCAUGGAUUUACGUGUCCACCUCGUGUCGAUCCUGCCGAUUUUUUAAUCGAGGUCACGUCGGGUCGUGGUCACAUGUAUGCAAACGGAAGCGUUCCAUCUAAAGAUCUAGCUGUCUCGUCAGAAGAUUUCAACCAUCUCUUCUGCCAGUCAAGUAUUUACCGCAAGACGCACGAAGCCAUAAGUAAAGGCUUUAACGAACACCAAUUUGAGAGUCCAGAGGAUUUCAAGAAAGCUAAGAGCGUUGCCAACUUGGCACGCUCGAAAGAAAAGUCGGAAUUCGGCUUGGCAUUCGUUCCUAGUACGUUGCUUCUUUUCAACCGUCAAAAAUUGGUUUGGAUUCGUGACCCACCACUUCUAUGGGGGAAACUUUUAGAAGCGUUGAUUAUUGGGCUUGUCAUGGGUAUGAUUUACUAUAAUGUGAACUCGACGUACUAUUUGCGCAUGAUUUUCUUCAGCAUUGCACUGUUUCAACGUCAAGCGUGGCAACAAAUCACCAUUGCGUUUCAGCUGCGUAAAGUUUUUUACAAGCAAAGACCACGUAACUUUUUUCGCACAUCUUCUUAUGUGAUUGCCGAGAGCAUUGUGCAAAUACCAGUCAAUAUGGCCGUGUCGUUUGUAUUGGGCACGUUCUUUUAUUUUAUGAGUGGCUUGACCCGGACUUUCGAGAAGUAUAUUGUCUUUUACCUUGUACUUCUGUGUUUCCAGCACGCCAUCAGUGCGUACAUGACACUUUUAAGUUCACUUUCUCCAAGUAUCACGAUUGGGCAAGCGCUUGCCGCUAUUUCCGUUAGUUUCUUUCUCUUGUUUUCGGGUAACAUCAUUCUCGCUGACCUAAUACCAGACUAUUGGAUCUGGAUGUAUUGGUUCUCUCCAAUUUCCUGGGCUCUACGAAGUAACAUGCUGUCAGAGUUUUCAAGUGAUCGAUACACAAGUGACGAAAGUCGCGCAAAACUUGACAGUUUUUCCAUCACACAGGGCACCGAGUACAUUUGGUUUGGUGUUGUCGUACUCGUUAUGUACUACUUUGCAUUUACUGGACUGAAUGCUUUGGCGUUGCACUUUAUCCGGUAUGAAAAGUUUAAAGGGGUGACUGCUACGACUGUGAAAGAAGAGAAUGACACGCAGAACGUUUACGUGCAGGUAAAUACACCCAAAGUUGGAGGCGAUGCAAGCAAGGCCAAAGGUGGUGGUUUGCCGUUUACACCUACCAAUUUGUGCAUCAAAGACUUAGAUUAUUACGUGACAUUACCAUCGGGUGAGGAAAAACAACUUUUGCGGAAAGUCACGGCUUAUUUUGAACCUGGCCGCAUGGUGGCCCUAAUGGGCGCUACUGGAGCAGGUAAGACGACGUUAAUGGAUGUAAUUGCCGGACGUAAGACAGGAGGUCGUAUUGUUGGCGACAUAUAUGUCAAUGGAGAGCUAAAAGACCCGACUAUUUUCAGUCGGAUAACAGCUUAUUGUGAACAAAUGGAUAUACACUCUGAAGCGGCGUCGAUCUUUGAAGCGCUUGUGUUUUCAGCAAAAUUACGCUUGCCACCGACUUUUUCAGAAGAGGAGCGCAUGAAUCUUGUUCACGAGACUUUGGAGCUGUUAGAGCUGACGACCAUUGCUAGCGAAAUGGUGGGCAGUCUUUCUGUGGAGCAGAAGAAACGCGUGACAAUUGGAGUCGAAGUUGUGGCAAAUCCCAGUGUUUUGUUCCUUGAUGAACCUACGAGUGGCUUAGACGCACGUUCGGCAUUAAUCGUCAUGCGUGGCGUACAGUCGAUCGCUCGUACAGGCCGCACUGUGUUGUGCACGAUUCAUCAGCCCAGUAUUUCCAUCUUUGAGCUCUUUGAUGGACUCUUAUUGCUUCAGAAAGGUGGCUACACUGCAUACUUUGGCGACCUUGGUGUUGACUCGGUGAAGAUGCUUGAGUAUUUUGCUUCGAUUCCGGGAACUGAAGAGAUCCGACCCCAAUAUAAUCCCGCCACGUACAUGCUGGAAGUUAUCGGCGCUGGAAUCGGCCGCGAUGUAAAAAACUACUCGGUUGAGUACAACAACAGCGAGUUGUGUGCUAAAAACCGGGAACGCACACUGGCCUUAUGCGAGCCAUCAGAUGAGUUUAUACGACAUUCGACUCUCAACUACCGACCAAUUGCUACAGGCUUUUGGAAUCAGCUGCAAGAACUCACGAAGAAACAGCGGCUUACGUACUGGCGAAACCCGCAGUACAACUUCAUGCGACUCUUUCUCUUUCCCAUUUUCGCCGUCAUCUUUGGAACAACAUUCUAUCAGCUUUCGGCUGACAGCGUUAAGCGCAUCAACUCGCACAUUGGUCUCAUUUACAACAGUAUGGACUUUAUCGGUGUCACAAACCUCAUGACUGUCAUUGAAGUCACGUGUGCUGAGCGUGCCGUGUUUUAUCGCGAGCGAAUGUCGAAUUACUACAGUCCCUUACCCUACAGUCUAUCACUGUGGUUUGCCGAGAUCCCGUAUCUUGUUGUGGUCAUCAUUCUCUUCGUAACAAUAGAGUACUGGCUCGUGGGCUGGAGUAAUGAUGGCGGUGAUUUCUUCUUCUUUCUCUUCAUUUUCUACCUCUACACGUCGGCUUGUACUUACAUGGGUCAAUGGAUGUCAGCAUUGAUGCCGAAUGAAAAGGUUGCCAAUGUCGCUGUCGGCGCACUAUCGUGUCUACUGAAUCUUUUUUCUGGCUUUUUGCUUCCGCGUACAGCAAUGAAGGCUGGAUACAAGUGGUUCACGUACUUGAUGCCGUCGAGUUAUUCUCUUGCAGCGUUGGUCGGCGUGCAAUUCGGGGACAAACAAGACCUUAUUACCGUCACGUCUGGAAACACGACGACCGAGAUGUCAGUGGCUACAUACAUCGAAAACAUCUACGAUUUUCGACCCGAUCGCAAGUACAAUUUCAUGGCCGGUCUCAUUGUCAUUUGGCUAGUUGUUCAAUUGGCCAUUUACCUUACUUUUAAGUAUGUGAGCCACCUGAAGAGAUAG